UGCCCGCCAAAAGUGAGACCCGAAAUCAGAGCUUAUGGUGUACUGCUUUCCGAUCGAUUUUUGGAUCAAAGGAAACGGGCGCUAAGGCCACCCUCCAUUACUGCCAAUUCACUCACCCACCCGCCCCCCUCACACUUCACCACCCAGAUCACUACCCACCCCUCUCGCUUACUACAAAUACUGCCCCCCACCCACCUCCUCCAUCCUUCUUACAUCUCCCCAAUCCCGUCGACACCUUACUACUUCUAUCAUCGACAACCAUCCACAACUUUAUCUUUCCAUCUCAAGUCGACUUAAUUCAUCAAACCUAAACAUCUAAAAUGGCUAGAACCAAGCAGACUGCCCGUAAGUCCACUGGUGGCAAGGCUCCCCGUAAGCAGCUCGCUUCCAAGGCUGCCCGCAAGGCCGCUCCCUCCACCGGCGGUGUCAAGAAGCCUCACCGUUACAAGCCCGGUACCGUCGCUCUCCGUGAGAUCCGUCGCUACCAGAAGAGCACUGAGCUCCUCAUCCGCAAGCUCCCCUUCCAGCGUCUGGUCCGUGAAAUCGCCCAGGACUUCAAGUCCGACCUCCGCUUCCAGUCCUCUGCCAUCGGUGCUCUCCAGGAGUCCGUUGAGGCCUACCUCGUCUCCCUCUUCGAGGACACCAACUUGUGCGCCAUCCACGCCAAGCGUGUCACCAUCCAGUCCAAGGACAUCCAGCUUGCCCGCCGUCUCCGCGGUGAGCGCUCCUAGAUUCAUUUAAUCUUCGGAUGAGUCUAUCUCUGCAACUGGUUGGCUCUUUUAUGGGAUGGCGAUAACGGGGUUUCUUUCUUUGCUUAUUUCAUGACUACUGGCGAUACAUGAUGGGUUUCUUCUUUUGCGAAUUUCACAACGGGUCUCUCGGCAAAUGGGUUUUGUGAUUUCUCUUGCUACGCAAUAAAUAGUAGGCUGCCGAGUUUGUUUCUCUCGAGCGGCUCUGGGGUGGAUUGAUGAUCGUGGCGAUGCAUCCGUCCGAAUAUGUACAUUACAGAUGAUUUGAUUCGAGAAGCGACUUCCAUCGGAAGCGCCAUCGGAUGGCAUAGACGCGAAAUGCAGGAUCUAUGACGAUGCAAUCCAAUCCAGCUUUGUGAUUCGCCUAGUGAUGAUGUUCUAUCUCUUUAGUGGUGGACUAAAU